AUGAGCUUCCUCAACAGUGUCCUUUCUUCCAUCGGCGGCGGCGCAGGCCAGUCCCAGUCGCAGUCUGGACGAGCCGCCCCCUCGCAAGCCCCCGUCACAAAACCGACGCAAACACCACGUGUCGGUGGCCCAAGCAACGGCGUGUCAUCAACAACGGCACCCAAGCGCAAGGCCGAAGGCGAGCCAGCGUCCGUACCUGCGAAGGCUGUCCGUAGGGACCUGGAUCCGUCCCGUUCAAAUCCUGUAUCCCGUACCAGCACCGCUUCUCCGGUGGUGAAACCCGCCACUCCCGCAUCGUCAAGCUCGAUGCCCUAUCGCGGCACCGCUCAACCAUCCGGCUCCGCCGUCGCUCGCAAACCCACCACGUAUGCGUCGGUCGCCAAGUCGGGCCCCUCCACUAAUGCCGCCGCCGCGAAGCCCGUGCCGAAGCCCGUCACGAAGCCCGCGCCCGCAGUCUCAGCAGCACCAGCUGCAUCCGGACCGGCACCGAAGAAGGGAUCAUACCAAGAGAUUUUGGCCAGAGCAAAGGCGGCACAGCAGGAAAAGCCGCCGGUUGGUGCUAUCAAGCACAAACCGCUUGAGAAGCUGACCAAGAAGGAGAAACUUGCUCUUCAAGAGAAGAACAAGCAGGCAGCCGCUGCUGCAAAGGACCCGAAGCUUGCACUGAAGCAGGGAUUGAAGCCGGGACUGAAGGGACCUGCCAAGGGCGUUGAUGCAAAGGCUGGCGAGGCUGUGAAGGAGAAGAAGAAGGCGCCGGACCUAGGCUACCAGGGCACCAUGCGCGGCACCAUGCGUCCAGCCGCAAAGGAACCCGCUUAUCAGGGAACCAUGCACAAGGGUGCAGCAGCAGCACGCAGACCCGGACUAGACAGAGGCGACAGGAGCAGAAGUGGCUCACUUGGUCCACGACCCAUGGAGAAACGCUACCGAUACUACGAGGACGACGAUGAAGAGGAGGAAGAGAACUACGAUUCAGAGGGGUCUUCAGAUAUGGAGGCGGGCAUAUUCGACGUGGAUCAGGAAGAGCAGAUGAGUUUACGUGUGGCCAGGAAGGAAGACGAGGAAGCACUGCGUGAGGAAGAAGCGCUCAAGCGCAAGAAGCUCGAGCGCAAGCAGAUGCUGGAGAGGAUGAACUCUCAGGCCAAGAAGAAAAGGGCUUACUAG